AUGCGCGAAAAUAAUUUCAAAAUGGCGUCGCAACUUCAGUAAACUGUCAAAUGCAAUAAUAAAUUUUUGAAAAAAGUCCAACAUUGUGAAAAGUUUUUAUAAUUUUCGGACACUUGAAGUGAAAUUGGUUUGUUUAUCAACAAUGGAACGUGUGAUGAUAACAGGACAAUCGUCACAAACGGAAACAAUUUGUGAAAGAGAUGUUACAGACGCCCCGCAGGAAGUUCCAACAGUUCAUCUACGACUACGAAAGCCACGAUCGAGCAAAAAAGUUCAAUGGACUCAGGGAACAGUCGACAAUGAGGAUCUAAAUAAAAAGAAAUCUAAAUGUUGUUGUAUUUAUGAAAAGCCAAAAGCUUUUGGAGAAAGUAGUUCGGAUGAAAGUGACGACGAAUGUGAACAUUGUCACGGACAUAAAGAUGAUCAUAAAAAAAUUUUACCAAUUAACAAACCUGACAAUCCAUCCGCAGAAAUUCCUCACUCUGAAAGAAGACAAUUUGAUUACUUUCUGUAAUUAAAAUUACAGAACCGAUAGCCACUGGUUCAGCAUAAUUGACGUUUCUAAUUCUACGUGACCUGUCCACGCAUCUUGUCUUCAUUGUACAGACAUGAGAAAGACGACAGAUGCAAACGACUGUGAUUUCGUUUUAAUAUAAACCUAUUUAUUCGAAUUUUAGGUCAAACAAAGAAAGAGAAAAUAAUUAAAGAAGCUACUAAACUAUUCUUGGUCUUUUUUUUUAAAAUACAUUUUUAUCAAUUUUAAUUAUUCCAAAUGUAUCAUUUUCUCACGUCAUUGAAAAACUGUAUAACUUUAUUCAAAAAUAAUUGUUUUCUAAAUAAAUAUCUUUUCGAUUUCUAAACAUUUUUUUUCCAAAUUUUCGCUAUUAAUUUAGGAAAAAAAUUUUCCGAAUCAUUUCUUUCAAAUUUAUAACUGUCAAGAGAUUAAAUUUCUAGACGUGAGAAUUUCGACAGCAAAAAAAAAUCCAAUUUCAAUUUUAUUUAUGGACGAAAGUCUAUAAAUAAAAUUGAAAUUGGAUUUUUUUUUAUUUCUAAGAGAAAAAAGAUCGAGAUAGUUCUAUAAGCAUUUAACAUUUUCCAAAUAUAAUAUUACGAAAAAAAUGAUAUUCAUUUACACAAAAAAAGGAUUGUUUUUAAAAUGUUUCCCCAAUUUAAUUAAUUAAUAUUGUAAUCAAGUCUUUCUUCACAAGCGAAUAUCAUUUUCGAAAAGUUCCUUUUGAAAGAAAAAAAAAUGUUAUUGUAAAACUUGAUGUUAAUAUUCGUAAUUUCCAGUACCGAAAGAAUAUACAAUAAUAAAUGAAAUUAAUAUUUUAAAUGUUAAUUAAUUUUAUUAAUUCAUACAGUAUUUUAUAAUAUUAAUAAAUAAUUGUAGAUUGUUCUGAAUGAGUAAAAACUCAUUUUUAUAGAAUUUAUUCUCAUUUGCAAAAAUCGAACAAGCGAUAUAGUGAAAUUAAAAUUGAAAUGGAAGUUUUAAAAAUAAGUAGCAAAUAAUAAUAGUCCUUUGCGAAAGAGGAUAGAAAAUUAAAUUUAAAAAUGACAAACGCAUAGUUUAUGGCAGGUAUAUGAAAAAUUGUUAAAAAUGCUUUUUGCUUUGUGCUCGAAACGUGUAUUUUUAUACAAGUUAUACAUUUUGAUAAUUUCAAAAAAUAGUAAUUCAGAAAAUAGCAUUCAAUCUAAUAAAUCUCAAUUAUUGUUAAUCUGUCGUAAUAGAUAUUAAUGAAAUAAAAAUAUAUACACGCAUACAUACAUUUA